AAAGAAAUGGGCGCUCAACACUCGUCAUUUCCCAAAACUUCCAGAACCCCCUUCAAGUAAAUGUGAAAACUCACUUUCGUUUUCAAUGUAAUCGAAAAACACAAAUCUGCAAUUUUCUUCACCAAAUUCAUUCUCCUAUUUUCUCAUAGUCAUUCACAGCUUAUUAAAGCUUAGAAUCCUAUGCUCUCCCAGUUCAGAUAGCUCUCCAAAACCUCUCAAAUCCGACUUUCUCUCUUUGAAUUUUAACUCGACCUCUCGCAAAUUCUAUGGAAGCUAAUUCUAUUAACUUUAGACGAAAUCGUCUCCACCUCUAAUGGUUAGGGCGCCGCUGAUCUCUUACGCUGGCCCCUUUCUCAGGAUGUUCUCAAUCUCCCGGAGCUGCUAAAUUGUACUCUGAUGCGUUGGGUUUCACCGCCGAUGUCUGCUCUCCUUGUUGGGUCGAACUUCACUCCCACUCCAUCGAGGUAUUCCAUCGGUAUAGCCCGACACUCGGUAUGGUCCGAUAUUAUUAUUUAUUAAUUGGUGUAUGGUUGGAUCCCAUCACCCUUCCUUUAUGGAAUAUUCUUUUGGCCCGUUCGAAGCUUAUUCUAAUUAAAUUGUGAGUCAAGAGUCGAGUCAAGUGUCGAGUCUUGUAUUCAUGAUUUACUUGUUAUUUAUUAAAUGGCUUUUGCAUGUUGAUUAGUAGUUAGUGAGUGAUGCAUGUUUAUAGUUUUGUUUCACUCCAUUCUUGUAAGUAUUCAGCUUUUGGUGACUACGUGCUUUGUGUCUUUUGGUCAUGGCCUUUGCCUUAAUGACCCUAUGAUGAUCCAUCAUUUGCCUUUGCAUGGUUGGGGAUUAGAAUAAUAUAGCAGUUGGUAGAUCGAAGUACGAUCGAAAUCAUGUGGCUUGGGAUGAUUGAGAGAGUUGCAUGUUUUUCGUACUUUAAAACUAUCCUAUUCAUACUUUAAUUAUGUUUUGAAUUCGUUGAACUUUUAAUACUUUGGUUUUUGGGCCAUUAUGGUUCCAAUUUGUAGGAGGCCUCGAUAAUUUAAUUAUUUGUGUUUUGAAAAGUUAGUUGACAUUAAAUUCCGCUGCGUAAUUCUGGUAAUAGCCUUAACCGUUAUCACGGUGACGGUAAUACUUUAGUAAUUCCUUUAUUUUAAGUUGGAAAAUGAUUUUAUAAAAGCAAGGAAUUAUUAGGGUGUUACAAAGUGGUAUACUAGAGCUUAGUUUCAUUCUUUCUUUGUAGUAAGCAAUACUACAAAGUGGUAAUCGGAGACUAAUGCGGAACUUUAGGAUUUCUAAAUAUUAUUUUCCUAAAGUCAAAACGUAUUAUUUUGAGUACUCAAUAUUUUAAAGGUCAAAUAUCAAUUAUUUUGGGUCAUUUGUUGAAAAGUUGGGUUAUUAUUUAAUUUAAUUGAAUUUUUCUGAAUUUUUUUUAAAUUGUUUGAAAAUUUUGAAAUAUAAUCGAAUUAAUAAUUUUUUUUUUUAAUUUUCGGAUUCCUUAAAUAUCCAAAUUUAUUGAUUUAUUUAUUUAUUUACUUAUUUAAUUAAUUAUUCGAAUUUUUCGGAAUUUGUUUUUUAAAAAAAUUCGGAUUUUCUUAAUUUUUAUCCAAAAUUAAUUUGUUUAAUUAAUUAAUAAUUUUUAUUAAUUUUCAAUUUUAAUUUUAAUAAUUUCAACUAAAUUAUGAGUUAUUUCUUAAUUAAUUUCGAAAAUUAAUAUUACUUCCAAGUGAGGAUUGGGUAGAUUAAGAAGGGCAUAUUAGUUUAAGAAUGCAUUUUAUGUGAUUAUGUGAGUUAAUAAUUGCCAUGUAUGUUUUUUAACCAUGUCUUAUCUUGCCUUGAAUGAUUAUUUGCAUCAUAAUUCAUGUUGAGGAUAUACUUGUGCAUUAAAAUUGUAUGGCUCCACGAACUAUUUAUUGUAUCCUUUUUGGGUUGAAAUUUCUUUGGGAACGCGUUAGUAAGACUUUCUAGUUGUGAAUUUUAAGAAAUUAAUGAUGCUACCUUCUAAGUUCACCAGUCUAGGAUACCUAGAGAAGAUGGAUAACGAGACUCCUCAUAUGUAUGUCUAGAAGAUCGUGUUUGCUUGCAACUAUUUUGCUUCAACCAAAGAUAUGCCCCAUCUUAGGCCCAAGGAUAUGAUGGCUAGUAUGGUUAUUCAUUGUUUGCCCCAUAAGAACCCUUACAUAGACCUUAAAAACAAGUUCAGUGAUAUGCACUAUAAUGAUGGUACCCCUAAUUGGUACAAAUAUGAGACUGGAGAUGGUAGGUGGAAGUAUGAUGCUGAGGUUCUCACUACUAUCUUAGAGGUUGCGGAGAAUAGCUAUGAGGAUGGGAAGUACUCUGCGGGUCUAGGUAUGGGCUAUGGAGGAGUAGAAAGUGAUGGUGAAGAUGGCAUGAUCCAUGAUGAGCAAGCUAAUGAUGUUGAGGAGGACGAUGAUGAUGAUGUUGAUGUGGUGGAGAUUGAAAAUCCUAAUCCUGUAGUUCCUGAACCAACAAUUGAGAUAUCUAGUGGAUCUGAGGAUGAACUUGAAGAGAAUAAUGUGGUUGAUAGUGAGCCACAACAGGAUGAUGAGGCUAUGGAUGAAGACUUUGAUCCGGAAGAAGACUUGGAUGAUCCUAAUGAUCAAGACUUUACUCCAGAGCAAUAUAAGGAAAGAAAUGAUCGUCGUGAAGACAUUAGUCUUUAGAGAAAUGUAAUCCUUAGUUAUUUAUUUUUCGUUGAAUAAUAAAGUGGCAAAGCUACUACUUAUGGUUAUUAGUUCUAUUAUAGUUUGGAGAAACAAAAGUUAUAUCAUUGAUGGAUGUAAGACUUUAUCAUUGAAGCAUUAAUAAAAGCUUAGAAUUUACUUUUCGUUAUUCUUAAGUUCAAUUUUCAAUUCUAAGUUUCGUGGGUAUCGCAAAGGGAUUAAUUGUUAUUUCUUCAAUGAGAUUUUAUGUGCAAGGUGGUCAAGUACCAACCAUCUAAAAUUACAUGCAUCGAAUAGUUGGGUGAGAAGGCCCAAAAGUGGCGCCAACUCCCCUAGGGCACGUGUUGUCUGUGUUGUUGUUGUGAGUGGGUUCGUUGUCGAACUAGUGCCUUAGUAAUGUCAUGUCCAACCAAUAUUAAAGUUAGUCUUUUAUUUUAUUCAGGAGAAGGGAUAUGGCUAACCAAGAGAUUUAUGAAAUGGUUAGACAACUAGCUGAGGUAGUUCGAGACCUAGCUCAAACUAGAGCCAACCCAGUGCAUGAUCCGGCUGGGGAAAUGUUUAAGAAAAUAGCUCAAAGCAAGCCUCCACUGUAUAGCGGAGAGAUUGAAUCAAGUGUGCUUGAAAACUGGUUGAGAGAAUUCGAUAAGCUUAUUGUAGCUGUGAAUUGCCCCGAAAACCUUAGGGUAAACAGUGCUGUGUACUACCUGAGAGGUGAAGCUGAUUUAUGGUGGCAACGAUGUGAGAAUACCCUUAGAGCCACACCUAACUUUGGGUGGGAAGCAUUCAAAACCGCAUUAAGGAACAAGUUUUACCCACCUUAUCUGAAGAAGCAAAAGGCGCAGGAGUUCAUCGAACUCAAAAUGGAGGGUCUGUCUGUAACGGAAUACUAUUCUAAGUUUAUAGAGCUGCCUAGGUUUGCACCUGAAGUGGUGGCAACGGAAGAGCUCAGGGCUCAAAGAUUUGAGAAUGGAUUGACUAUGGAUUUACAACUGUUUUUUCCGGAGAGACCUUUACCUCAUUAGACACCCUGUACGGAAAAGCUGCUCACCUGUAUGGGUUACAACAAAGGAAGAAUGGGAGUACUGAGAAGAGAAAGGAUGGUGGAAGCUCGAAUCAAGGGAAUAACCAACAGAAUCAAGGGAAUUUUAAGAAGCACAAAGGGAAUGGGAAUUUCUAGUUUAGAGCUAACAAGGGUGGAAAUCGCAACAACCAAGGUGGUGGAAAUCAGUCUGGAAGGAAUGGAGUAAGGACCUUCGACUGUAGGCGCUGUAACAUGAAUCACCCUGGAAAGGAUUGUGACGGAAACUUAGUGACUUGUAGAUUCUGUCAGAAGUUAGGCCAUAGGGAGUACGAAUGCUAUUCUAAGAAUGGAAAGCCUAACCAAGGUAACCACCAGAACAAUAAUCGGAAUAAUCAGAACCGAAAUGGGGGAAAUGGAGGUGGAAACCAAAGGAAUUACCAAGGUGGUAACAAUGGCAAUAGCAAUGGCAAUCACCAGAACCAUAGAAAGCCUGGAGGAAACCAACAGCAGAAUGGGAACCGAAACAACAAUGGAAACACCAAUGGAGGUGACUAUAACAAAGGAGUUGCCCAAGGGAAGCUAAAUGUGAUAUCUAGGCAAGAAGCGGAGACUUCCUCUGACGUCAUAGCGGGUACUUUCUCUAUUAAUUCCGUUUUAGUUAAAGUUCUAUUUGAUUCUGGUGCGACAUAUUCUUUUAUCUCAGUAGACGCUUUGGGGAAAUUAGGUUUGAAAGAGCCUGAAACAAUUGAAGUACCUAUAGUCAUACCUACUGGUAGCAUAGUGAAGUGUACCAAAAUCCAUAGAGAUGUGCCUUUGACCAUAGCCAAAACCGUAUUCUUAUCUAACCUAAUCGAGUUUGAGUUAGGAGAGCUAGAUGUAAUUCUAGGAAUGGACUGGUUGGCCAUGUUCAAAGCCAAAAUAGAUUGUGAGAAGCAGAAGGUUCACUUGAGGUCUAGCUUAGGCAAGGUAGUGUCGUAUCGUCGUUUUGGUAAGCCUAAGAACAUAGGGAUUAUCACGGCAAUGGAACUCGUGAAGCUAGUCGGUAAAGGGAACCCAGUCUUCUUAUGCAAUGUGAGAAACCUAGAGCAUGUGAUCAAAGAUUAACAUGAAGAUAUUGCAGUAGUGAAUGAAUUCCUCAAUGUGUUUCCGGAAGAGAUCCCAGGGAUGCCUCCCAAUCGACCUAUUGACUUUACCAUAGACUUAGUGCCUGGAACCGCGCCUAUUUCAAAAGCACCAUAUCGAAUGGCUCCAGCAGAAAUGAAUGAGUUAAAAGGUCAGUUAGAGGAUCUAUUGGAGAAAGGUUACAUUAAACCAAGUGCAUCGCCUUGGGGAGCACCAGUUUUGUUUGUGAAGAAAAAGGAUGGAAGUAUGAGGCUCUGUAUAGACUACAGGGAGCUCAAUAAGGUCACGAUCAAGAAUAAGUAUCCUUUACCUAGGAUAGAAGACCUAUUUGACCAGCUGAAAGGAGCGGGAAUCUUUUCAAAAAUCGAUUUGCGCUCAGGUUAUCAUCAAUUGAGAAUCGCUGAUCACGAUAUACCAAAGACCGCAUUCAGGACUAGAUACGGACAUUAUGAGUUCACUGUUAUGCCUUUUGGGUUAACCAAUGCACCUGCAAUAUUUAUGGACUUAAUGAACCGUGUGUUCCAUGCCUAUUUGGACAAGUUUGUAGUGGUUUUCAUAGAUUACAUCCUAGUGUAUUCAAAGAGUGAAGAGGAUCACGCUGAACACUUAAGGUCUGUGUUGAGUACCCUGAGAGAUAACCAGUUGUAUGCCAAGUUCUCGAAGUGUGAGUUUUGGUUGGAAAGAUUUGCAUUUUUGGGACAUUUUGUGUCUAAAGAAGGAGUGGCAGUAGACCCUGCUAAGAUCAAAACUGUUAGUGAAUGACCUACACCCAAGAGUGUGACUGGCAUUCGAAGUUUUCUGGGAUUAGCUGGCUACUAUAGACGCUUUGCUUUGUGCAAGACUUUUCUAGGAUAACCAAGCCAAUGACAACAUUGAUGAAGAAGGAAGCAAAGUUUGAAUGGAAUAACCAGUGUGAAGAGGCGUUCCAAGCCUUGAAGACGCGAAAUUGACAACUGCGUCGGUGUUAACCCUGCCAGAUGAGAGUGGUACCUAUGAUGUGUAUAGUGAUGCCUCUAAGAAUGGUUUAGGGUGUGUAUUGAUGCAGAACGGGAAGGUUAUUGCGUAUGGGUCGAGGCAGUUGAAGCCAUAUGAAUCCAAUUACCCUACCCAUGAUUUAGAGCUAGCCGCUAUAGUGUUUGCAUUGAAGAUAUGGAGACACUAUCUGUAUGGUGUGAAGUGUAGAAUAUUCACGAAUCAUAAGAGUUUAAAGUACAUUUUCACACAGAAGGAUCUGAAUAUGCGUCAAUGGAGGUGGCUGGAGAUAAUUAAGGACUAUGAUUUGGAUAUUCAGUACCAUGAAGGAAAAGCCAAUCACUACUACAAAAGGCGUGGAUUCUCGACGACAUUGCCUCGACGCUGUGAAUUAUUGUCAGCUUGGAAAAUGGUCCGCGUUAUUUCUCGACGAGUUUCAACGUCUAUUCAAUUCCUCGACUAAGUACAGCGUCGAGAUAUCACGGGUCCAGCACGUGAUUCAAUUUUUUGGGGGAAAAAAGAAAAACCGAUUCAGAUUGCAGACCUUGUUCGACCAUCUGGGUGGAUUUUGCAUCUUCUAUUUUGCAAUCUUAGGUCUUGUGGUAGGUAAGGAGUUCAAGAACGAGUACUUAGGUUCAUAUCUCUCCUUCUUAAGAGUUUUAUCUCAUUUCAGGAACUCAUUACAAAUGGAAAGUGGUGUCAGCAGUGGAGGUGGACUGAGUUCCUUGGGCUAUCGGUUUGGAAGCGGAGAGGCUCCUAAGCCUGCUUCCACUAAAGCUCCAGCAAACGUCUGCGUUGAACCGGUUAUGAAAGAAGCAACAAGGCCUGGUGCUGCAGCUGAUAAUCCCCAGCAUAGUUAUCUCAAGAAGGUUCCUGCUGGAGUUAAUAGUAAUAUAAACAACUACUAUCAUGCUGACGGUCAGAACACUGGAAAUUUCAUCACGUCCAUGAUGCAUUUGAAGAUUAUGGUGAUGGAAGAAAGGAGUCAAGCUAGAGAUGAUGCAUAUGUAUAUAUAGCUUCUUAACUAUGAAGGCAAUGAAGCCCAGAUUAUGAAACUAGCCUUUUGAAUGACCUUUGUUUUGUAGAUUACAUUUUAGAAUAAUAGGUUGGAACUAUAAGUAGAGGUGAUGGAUGUUUUGGUCUUAAGCUUGUGUUUAGGAGACGACACUAUCUAAAUAGUUUGGAAAAUGUGUAAUCUUUGAUGUAUGUUUUGGACGUAUUAUUAUGCAAAUUAAUAAUAGUAUUCAAGUUAUCGAGA